CCAUCUGAAAAACGAUUUAAUACUAGAGAGAAAUAAUGUGGGGUUAGUAAUCUCGCCUGUCCAACUUAAUUUGUAACGAAACCACGGGACAUUUAACUGAAUUAGUAUGCAUGAGAUUGAGAACUAAUUGUUGGCAGCCAGGCACCCUUCCACAUUGGCAGGUUGGUACCAAAGUCCCUCUCAAACCGUUCUGUGGGCCCAUUUGAGAUGACGCUUGCGGCCGCACAUUGAACUGCAGGCAUUAGGAGAGCGGAAGCCCUGAGAGAUGUCGGCAGCACGAUGGGAACAUGGAAAUAGCUUACAUCUGCAUAUUUUAUAGUUUCUUUAUUUGUCGAUCAAAAUGGAGAUUCAAACGAUGUGAAAUCCCUUGCUGUCUGGAUUUAUCACAUGUCAACAGAACCUGGAAGUUGCCUUCCAAAGAAGAGUGACGAUGGCGGUUAGCGUUGUGCUAAUGUUGUUUUGUAACCUCAAUGCGGUAGUUUUUGGUUUUGAGUUUAAGACAAUAUAUUGCACCUUAACAGACAGUUGCGAAUGUGACUUCAAACCAAAUAUGAGAGGACUGGAAUGGGACCUUUACAAGAACCUGUAUGGACAACAUCUGGCUCAGAACAUUGUUUCUGAAUCAGUAGGAAAUUUCUUACAAAAGGAGAAUCCUGAGCAGCCUCUGGUGCUCUCCUUCCAUGGUGCGUCUGGAACGGGCAAGAGCAUGGUGAGCUCCAUGCUGGGCAGACACCUGUAUGGCACAGCCAUGGGCAGCCCCUUCAUCCACCAGUUUGUACCCACUCUGCAUUUCCCUCUACCGGAUCGGCAGCAGCAGUAUAAGCUUAACCUAAAACGCUGGAUCGAGGGGAACCUGACAAGCUGUGGCCGUUCCAUCUUCAUUUUCGAUGAGAUGGAGAGGAUGCCCCCAGGCGUGAUUGAUGUCCUGGAGCCCUUCCUCGGCCCAUCACACGUCGUCUACCAAACCAACUACCGCAAAGCAAUAUACGUCUUUAUCAGCACUACGGGACAGGAGGUCAUCCACAAGGUCACCAUGGAGAUGCGUAAUGCGGGCCACGACCGAGAGGAGAUCCAACUGCAGGAUUUGGACGAGCAACUGGCAGACGCAGCCUUCAAUACUAACAACACUGGUUUCUACCACUCCAAGAUCAUCUCCCUAAAGUUGAUCAGCAGCUACGUGCCUUUCCUGCCCCUGUGCCAGCACCAUGUGAGGCGGUGUGCCCAGAGGGAGCUGUGCCAGCGUGGGGAGUGUCACCGUGUGGACGUGGCUGAGGAGGUCAGCAAAGCCAUGUGCUACACGUCCAACGACGGACAACAGUUCUCUUGCACAGGCUGCAAACAGGUGCCGGCCAAAGUGAAUGUCUACCUAUGAUGAUAACAAGAAGGACAGGUUAUCAUUUUAUUACCUUUGGCAAGCCAUCGAAUUCUAUUGGACUGUAUGGAAUCCUGCUCUGUUGGAGAGUUGACUAAAGAGUUGUAUAAAGUAGAGGUAGAAGUACUCUGACAGGUGUAAUUACAACACCAGGGGUAUGAUAUAACGUUUUAAUUGUGUUGUAAUUAUAUCUGUAGGAGUAGUUCUACUUUAUACAACUGUGUUCAACUGUGGACUUAGCAUUGGAGAUAUGAGAAAGACAUGUUCACACUCCCUGCUCGCCUACUGGACUAAAGAGGAGUUCGGGGGGCAACUAAAAUGUUUCCAUAUAUCCACCCACCUCCACCUUCUGGACUUAAAUUGCUCUGAAGAGCAGCUUGGAGUUGUUGUUGUCAUUGGAAGAACUUGUCAAGCGUGUUUGCAAACUGAAAUAUUUAUUUAUGCAUAAUACACACACUUGUAUAUAAUGUGCACCUGGUGCAUAUUUAUUUUAGUUUGUUUGUAUACAAAUUUUUCCCCCAAAGUAGGAUUUUUGACGGCCAGCAGCUGAGUGUGUAUGGAGACAUCUGUGUAAGUAAAUGGGACUUGAUGAUUUGUGCUACCUCCACCCGAGACACCACUGUCAACUGAAAUCUGUCAACCUAAAUAUCUGUAGAGGCAGCGACAUUUUACUUGCAAUUUUUAACUAAACAGAAUCGAAAUUACUGUUAAAAUUGGCAUUACGGUAACACUUGUUUUGUUUUUAUGAACUAUAUCCAUCCAAUAGUGUCCAGUCAUAAACAUGUAACUGGAUAACAGUACUUUUGCCUUUGCAGGACAUUGAAACACUCAUUCCAUCAUUUUUGUAGAAAACUUUGCACCAAUAACGGUUUUACAUAUCAUAAAAUGUUCAGUCUUGGUGCUUGGAAUAGAAAAAUGUUUGACUUUUAUGUAUAUUUGCUAUGCAAGUUAAUUUAAUAUUGUGCCUCCUGUAACAGUAUUUUUUGCACAUGCAAGAGUGAUUUCUGUAUUUCAGUUGUACAGUGCUAUGACAAAUUUUAAUACAAUUUUAAGAAAAUUGAGGA